AUGAAUAUUUCAAUAUAUGAUGGAUGUGACGAUUGUUAUUGGUGGAUUUUGUGUACAGAAAAAUAUUUUGUUACCAAUAGAAUACCAGAAGAAAGAAAAUUAGCAAGCAUUGUUCCCGUAUUGAGAGGUCAAGCUCUUCAAUGGUGGUUUCAAUGGUCUCAAAGGUACCCAUUGCCAAGUUGGGAUGCCUUUACUACUGCUAUCCUCUGGUAUUUUAAACCUGAGUUUAGAGAUGCUAUGCCUGAGUUAGAUGAAGCAGGGGAACCAUAUUCAGAAUUUUUAAACUAUGUGUUCGCAGAGCCAAAUCUAAAAUCAAUGAAACCCAUUGACGACACUUGUUUUCAUCCGGAUUUUAUUGUGGAACAAAUCCAUCGUGACCUUCCUAAAAUAGCUCUAGACCCUUUGUCAAAUCUAAAGCAACAAACCCAGUCUCCAAUUUUUAGGGCAUCGCCACCUUUUUCUCACUUCAAACACACAGGUUUUAAUGGUGAUGUCAAAUCUCUUAAGGAUGACCUAGAAGAAGAAUCACCAGAUCAACCCAAUAUGUAUGAAAUCCAACCACUAUUGUUCUCUGAGGUGUCGGAUCUGGGUAGAAAUCAAACACAGUCACCACAAGAGCCACCGCCGACAAGGAUUUCUGAUCAAACUCCUGUACCGCCGCCACCCUUAAAACCACCAUACAUAAUCUUAUCUCAUUCACCACAACCAAGCUUUGUUAACAAAACCCAUCUACCAGACUUUAAUUCUUCAUCACUGAUCAAGGUCGAGGCUGCCGUCAAUGACAAAGAGUUUCACUAUGAUGGAAAUUUUGCAAUUCCACGUAAACCACUUGAUUCACCACUUUUGAGGGUUUACAAUGCCGAUACUCUUUUACACUCAAAACAUAUUGAUUCCAAUUUGAAGAAGAAGCAACAACAGUCAAAAACACAAACUAUUAACUUGCAACGUGCACAAGUUUUUUUCCACACACAUACGAAGUUUGCAAAAAUAGAUGGCCUCCUUCAACUCUCAUUGCCUUUCGAUCCAGGUCCACUCUUAUUGCCACCUUCAAUCACGACAAUGAUUUUGGCUUUGUUUGCUUACAAUUAUUCUGUUCAUGGGACUGAUAUCUUCAACACAUAUUGUCAAAUAAAUUACCCGAAUAGUGCAAGCAAGGUGUUUGAUCAAAUGCCAAACAGGGACUUCAUUUUCCUCUAUCUUCCCAAAGAAACUAUUAUUACUUCAAACACAAGUCUGCAGCAUGUCGGGAAGAUGACUACAAACACAUUCUCGGUAAUGCUACUAACAAACUUCAUAUUUCUUUUCGAUCCCGGUGGAACUCAUGGGCUGUUUCUUUUCGAUCUUGGUGGAACUCAUGGGCUGGCAAAUUUACUUCUUAAUUACGAUGAGGAGGUGAAGAAAGGUAUGGCAGAAGGGAUGCAAGUAGUGUUUACAGGUCAUUCUUCAGGUGCUGUGUUGGCCAUUCUUGUAACAUUUUGGGCAUUAGAAGAGAAUCUUAACCAAAUUCAGCAUAAGUCACCCAUGUGUGUUACUUUUGGUUCUCCUUUGGUUGGUAAUCAUAUAUUCUCUCAUGCUUCAAACAGACAAAACUGGUCUCGUCGCUUCGUACACUUUGUCAUGAGAUAUGACAUAGUGCCAAGGAUUUUUCUUGCUCCUUUUUCUAGUAUUGAAAAAAUUCUUAGUCCUGCUCUUCAGCUUUUGACUCCCGACGACAACAACUUUGAAUCUCAGGAUUCAAUAAGAGAGAGUUUGAGUUGUGAAUUUUACUCGACCGUGAUGAGGAAUGCAGCAGCUGUUACAAGGCAUGUUGCUUGUAAUCUGAUGGGAAACACAAAUUUGCUGCUGGAGACUAUGACAAAUUUUGUUGAGUUAAGCCCUUAUAGACCCUUUGGAACUUACAUUUUCUGCAAUGGUAAUGGCCAGUUGAUUGUGGUAAAUAACUCAGACGCCGUUUUACAACUCAUGUUUCAUAUUGCUCAGCUAAAAGAUUCGACACAGCUUUCUGAAGUUGCCAACAAAAGCUUACUGCAACAUCUAGCCUAUGAAGCUGAAUUAGAGGAGAGUUUGGGAAUGCAAAAUGUGGUGCACUUAAACAAACUUGAUGACCUUCCCUUGUCAUCUGGUGAUGCUCUUAAUACCGAUAUUGCAGCCGCCUUGGAUAGCCUUGGACUGAGCGUAAGAGCACGGCUGUGCCUUAGAGCAGCUGGUGAGUUAGAAAAGCAAAAAGAAAGAAAUGAGGAGAAAAUAAAAAAGGAGAUUCAGGAGAAGGCUGUGCCAAGCAUGAGGUAUUUGGAAGAGUACAAAGCAACCUGUGAGAUAAACAAAGGAAAAGGUUAUUAUGAUUCCUUCAAGGUGCAAACAGAGACAAAGGAUUUCCAAGCAAACGUGAAGAGGCUCGAGCUUGCGGGAGUAUGGGAUCUUGGUGGACAAUUGAAGGUGUGCACAAAAGUUUGGCUCUCCAAAUUCAAGCAAUGGGAUCCAGGAAAGAUUAAUGUAGCAAUCACUAUUUAGCAUCUUAAGUUUUACUUUAGAACCUUGAGGACAAGGUUAAAGUGAACCCCGCGGCAAUGAUAGAAGGGUAUUAUAUGAUUUAUAUUAGUAGUAUUAUUAUUAGGAUGGUUAUUGGGCUUUUAGUAGUGUUUGGGCUUUUAUGUUAUUAUUAUCCAUUAAGAAUGUUAUAUAAUGUAGUCUCAUAGA